CUCUAUAAUAAUAUAUACACAUCUGAGAUCACCCACGUAUCCCUUCAGAAAUGACUGCCUUCGACUGCUGUGUCUAUCUGCCUGCGUGUUUAUUCCUUCUUUAACAGAAAGCAGGACACCUGGUGAUUGAAAUGGGUGAAUGGGAUCUGCUGGGCCACUUGCUGGAUAAAGUGCAGAGCCACUCCACCGUGAUCGGCAAAGUGUGGCUCACGGUGCUCUUUAUUUUCCGCAUCAUGGUCCUGCAAAAUGGUGCUGAGAAGGUUUGGGGAGACGAACAGUCUGACUUUGUGUGCAACACUCAGCAACCCGGCUGUGAGAACGUCUGCUAUGACCUGGCCUUCCCCAUCUCUCAUGUGCGCUUUUGGAUUCUUCAGAUUAUUGCAAUAGCGACUCCAAAGCUGUUAUAUCUUGGUCACGUCCUUCAUGUUAUCCACGUCGAAAAGAAGAUGAAGGAAAGGAUGAAGAAGCAGGAAGAGCUGGAUGACCAAACCAAUCUGCUCCUUAGGAGGGCCUAUAAAGUUCCCAAGUACACCAAAAACAGUGGCAAGAUCAGCAUCCGUGGCUGCCUCCUGCGCAGUUACGUCCUCCAUCUCCUGGCCAAGAUUGUCCUCGAGGUUCUGUUUAUCGUGGGUCAGUACCUUCUCUAUGGUUUCUCCCUACAGACGCGCUAUGUCUGCACCCGCUUCCCCUGCCCGCACAAGGUGGACUGUUUCCUGUCCAGACCCACAGAGAAGUCGGUCAUCAUCUGGUUCAUGCUGGUGGCGGCUUGUGUCUCCCUUGUCCUCAGCCUGGUGGAGCUGUUCUAUCUGUGUGUGAAAGCUGUGAAGGAAUGCAUGGCGAGGAGACAGGACUACACUGUGACCCCAGUGACUCCUCCACCCUCAGAAAGGAAGGCUUUUAAAAACCGGGACGAGAUGAUUCAGAAUUAUGUCAACCUGGAGCUGGAGCUGCAAGGACGAAAGUUAGGGGUGAACGGUAUCACAGGUGGAGUCAGUGAGGCUCCUAGAAAUGGAUCACCUGAGAACAACAACAUGGGGGAGAUCCACAUCUGACGUAUAAGCCCAGCAAUAGGUUGUAUAUGCCAACGCAUACAAACACUGUGGCUCCUGACAGUAUUUGUAUGCUCUGGAGGCUUUGGAGACGUGUGUUUGUGUGUGCACUAAAUAGAGCAGGUGGGAGGGAAACGGCCAGCUUCUGCAAACAAGACUCUGUCACAUGCAAAGGGCUGCAGAAAAUGACAUUUUUUUCACAAUAGUCAGCUGGAGUUUACUGUUAAUAGAUUACAUGAUUACAGUGAACUGCUUUCCACUUUUGAUACCUUUAAUAAUGUUUAAUACUGAUUCAAUAAACUUUCAAUAAAUACUCA